GGAAUCGCUUAAACGUCUCUUGUCAGUAACUUUAUAAUUCAAGCAGUAAGAGAGAAACAGUUGGAUAGUUUCUCCAUAGAAUACUAUAUAACGUUAUAUACUAUACUUUCUCUCUCUCUCUAUGUAUAUAUAAAUAAAUAAUGUUAUGUAGUAAGACAUGAACAAAGGCAAUAUUUAAUUUGCAUUUAAUGCAGCUUCUAAACUUCUUCCAAUAGAUUCAUACAGCUUUUGUCUAGUCUUCAGAUGAAUGUGGUCGAUAAUAUCAUUUGCCAGAUGUUUGUUGGAGGAGGAAAUCGAAUUCUCUCCGGAACUGUCCAAAGUGGUUUGAUAAUAUUCAAGUCAGAUUUGUUUGUCCAGGGCAGAUGUUGGAGUUCAUCUUGGUGUUUCAGUUGUCCUGGUUUUAUGAUUGUGUCACUAUAUUUAAUUAUUGGUGUCUGUGAUGAAGGUUUUAGCAAAAAGUAGCUAUUUCAUGGGUGUUCUCUGUUUUUGAGGAAACCGGGUCUUCAAGGUGAAUAUUGAGGUUUGUUGUCACUUGCAGAAGUUGUUCUGUGUUCUGAUGUUUUUUUUUUUGUUUUUUGUUUUUUAUAAAAUCUGGCAAGUCACUUCUGCAUCCACUGAUGGUCCUAGUACUACCUACUGCUGAACACACCUUACACUACACUGAUAUAACGAAAAAAUUCAAUAAUUGUGGAGUGCUGAAGCAGGUGAAGGACUGCAUCAGAGAGUGCAGUUACUGCCAGAGCAAGCAGGAGAAGGGGAGAGCCAAUGCUGAAGAUGCCACCAAACACGCAGCUGUCCGGCAAGUGAGACAGAAGACAUGUGCCAGCGAGGAAGAGGAGGAUGAGGCAAAUUAUGAUUUGGAUUCGGAGCAGUCCAGUGCAGUCGAUAAACACGAAUUGGUGUUUGUGGACAGUAAGGGAAUUGUCAAGCAGUUCUUACCGAAGCAUGGGCAGACGAUGCUGGACAAGUUGAACCAGCAGCGGAUUAAUAAUGAGUUCUGUGAUAUCACCCUGCUUAUUGAGGGAGAGGAACAUCGUGCGCAUAAAGCUGUCCUAGCCUCCUGCAGUGAAUAUUUCUACGAGCUCUUUGUGGAAAAGGGUGCUAUGUCCAGUCAUGAAGCUGUCGUCGACCUCUCCGGCUUCAGCAAGGCCAGUUUUCUGCCCUUACUGGAUUUUGCCUACACCUCCAAUCUGACCUUCAACUUUUGCGUGAUGGCAGAGGUCGCCACACUGGCUCGGCAUUUACUGAUGGCAGAAGUGCUUCAGAUCUGUGAGUCUGUGCAUAAGAAAGUGGAAGAGCAGAAGCUGAUGGUCUACCAGAGGGGAGACAUUCACACUGUGGUAUCCAGCCAACCUGCGCCCCCUCAGCCAAUCACACCCACCCCUUCCGAAACGUAUGUAGUGACUAUGCAGAGUGAAGGCACACCUGAAGAAGGGCAGUCCCUGGCUGUACUCACAAGUGAAAUCGGGACGGCUGAAUCGCUGGCGUUGCUUGCCGGUGCGACCGUAGAUGGCGAAACAAUGACUGUAGUCACUCAUAGCGGACAGGCUGGCUCAGCUGAGUCCCUUGCCAUGGUGGCCCACAGCGGCCAGGCCGAGGAGGGCGAGACCAUGACUCUGGUCACUCACUCUGGCCAGGCUGGGUCAGGUGAGUCCCUGGCUGUAGUACAGGCCUGUUGGUCUGUAGAGGAGCCACAGGUUGGUGACACACCUGUCGCAGAGAGCAUGCAGACCGAAGCCUUUCUCAUUAGUGUGGAUCCUUGCAAAACGGAUGCUUCUGAGAUUGUGCAUUUAGCUGCAGUAGCGCCACCUGCUGUGCAGGAUGAGCCCCAGGUGGCUGAACCAACGCGCCAACCCGAGCCUUUAGCAGCAGCGCCACAGCCUGCCCCUGCGCCAGUGAAAAGGAGGCCAGGAAGACCACCCAAAGUGAAGCAACAGGAACCGCCUCCUCCUCUCCUUUCAGAAGAGGAGUCCAUGGAGAUGGAGGGUGUCGAGGAUGCAUCCGCUGCAGAUGGAGAUAAAAAAGAAGAGGAAUGCGUAGAUCCCAACAAGAGAUACUUGAGAAAACGGUCCGUGAAAGAAGGAGGCUAUGUUCGUCUUCAUAUGGGACUUGAGACGGAGGAGGAAGAGAAAAGCAGUCCACCUCCUACAAAGACACCUCAGAGAUUUGCCAGGAGAGGCCGACCGCUUCAGUCUGCCAUGAAGAAUCUUGAUGAGUUUUCAGAGACAAACCAGGAGGCUUCUUCUGAUGCCAUAGCUGAUUUAGCAGAGGAACUGGAGCCUGAUGUAGACCAGCCAGAGUCUCUGGAGGGAGGCGCACUACAGGAAGACCCAGGAGGAGCUGCGGAGGGAGAGCACUCGUGUAACGAGUGUGGCCUGGUGUUCCACAGGCGGUACGCCCUCAUCAUGCACGCUCUGAAACACGAGAAGACUCGCAGCUUCAAGUGCAGUAUUUGCAAUAAGGAGUUCCAGUACGCUGCUUCCCUCCGUGCACAUUUGGCCCGUCACAAGCAUCAGAAGACCCAGAGAGCCAGCAUGACACGAGCCAUGACCACAGAAGAUUCUCAGGGGUCAGAAGAUCAGACAAAGUACCGCACCAAACGGGAGUUUGUGUGCGACAUCUGUGGCAAGACUCUGCCCAAGCUGUACUCGCUGCGCAUUCAUAUGCUGAACCACACAGGGGUGAGGCCGCACUCCUGCAAAGUGUGCGGGAAGAGCUUUGCCACCAAGCACAGUCUGAAGAUGCACCGGUCGCUGCACGACUCCCUCAAGAGAUUUCAGUGCACUGUCUGUGAGAAAUCUUUCGUCACCAAGAGAAGCCUGGAGGAGCAUACAAGCAUUCACACAGGUGAAACAAAGUACUUGUGCACAACCUGUGGAGCAUCUUUUCACCGUGCGUCCGGACUGAGCAAACACCUCAAGAAACAUCAACCCAGACCUGAGGUCCGCUCAUUUCACUGUUCUCACUGUGAUAAGAGUUUCUUUGAAGCAAAAGACCUGCAGCAGCACAUGAAUAAGCACUUAGGACUAAAGCCCUUCCAGUGCCAGGUCUGCGGCAAAUGCUACAGCUGGAAGAAGGACUGGUACUCGCACGUCAAAUCACACACUGUGGCAGAGCCCUUCAGGUGUAAUGUGUGUGGAAAGGAGUUCUUUGAGAAGGCCCUGUUUAGACGGCAUGUCAAGAAAGCCACUCAUGGAAAGAAGGGCAGAGUGAAGCAGAACUUGGAGAGAGAGUGUGAACACUGUGGGAGGAAGUUCACACAGCUCCGAGAGUACCGCCGCCACAUGAAUAAUCACCAGGGGGUGAAGCCCUUUGAGUGUCUGACCUGUGGCGUUGCAUGGGCUGAUGCACGCUCGCUAAAGCGCCACGUUCGCACUCACACGGGCGAGCGCCCUUACGUGUGCCCACUGUGCCAAGAGGCCCACAUAGACGCCAGAACGCUGAGGAAGCACAUAACAAAGUUCCACGGAGAUCAGUUGCCCGGCAAGAUCAUGCUGGAGAAGGACACUCUGCAGUUCCACAACCAAGGCACGCAGGUGGAGCACGCCGUCAGCAUCCUCAGUUCAGAUCUGCCCCCUGAACUCCAGCCUCCACAGCCUCCCACCACAGAGGAGAUAGAGACCGUGCUCAUCACAGAAGAGACCGUGGAGGCCGUGCAGGCUGUGAGCGACGGAGCCCUGGCCACACUGUCGGAUCAGAGUAUCAUGCAGGUGGUGAACUACGUCCUGGCUCAGCAGGCUGUAGUGAAAGUGGAAGAUGCACCAGAAAUCAUCCAGACCAUGGAAGUGGAGGUGGCCCAUGUGGCAGAGGUGGAAUGAGACCACCUCAACUGAACCUGACCUGGCAGUUAAUAUAUGAUAUGACAGUGAGAAGGUUUAUUCUUUUUUGUUGUUGUUAUAUGCAUCCUGUGUGAUAAUGUAAAAAAGUGAUCAUUUAUUUUUGUUGUAAAAUGUAAAUUAAAAUAAGUUCAAAGGACUCUGUGUGUGUGUGUGUGUGUGUGUGUGUGUGUGUGUGUGUGUGUGUGUGAGAGAGAAUCAGUGCAUGAUGUGGAUGUGUGAAUAUGCUUGAUUUGCAUUAUAGUAAACUUUUGUGUACAUUAAUGUAAUAAUUAGCAUUGUAAUACAGUCACAAUCAAGCAUAUGACAAAUGAAUUCCAACAUAGACAUUUGGCUUUUUUGUAACUAGGUUCCAUUUUCUCAUUAUUGAGGCUGUUUUUUCCUUUUGAUUAUUUGUAAAGCAUAGCUGAGAUAUAAGCUCUAACAGUCUUAGCAAAAGGGCCAUAGGCUCUUGUCUGUUGUAUAAUGCAGUGCCUCUCAGUCUCAGCUGAGUACUAUGUAUAGCAGCAGGAAUGACAACCAAAUAAAAAACUCUUGUCUGCAGGGAUGCACCCACUGCUA